CUUUAGUAUUCUCAGCCAGUGCAGAGCCAGACACUGAGAGAGACACACUGCUCACAGCUUGUCCUGCUUAUACACACAUCUACCUACCUACAGCACUGCAACUUUCUGUACUGGAGCAACACACACAUCCUCUCAUCUGCAGAGGACAGGAGGACAGGAGGACAGGAGGACAGGAGGACAGGAUAGUGAAAACACCAGAGAGGAGCACACUAAAUAUUGGAAUGGCCAACACCGUAACGUCGCUGUGCUGUGUGGUGCUAGCUGCCGUAGUGGUGGCGUACGCUCAGAGACGCAGCCAAACAGGAGCCAGUAUUCAGUAUGAGCGUAUGGGAGGAGACGUCACCAUGCAGUGUGGUUCUCUGGACAGCGAGGCCAGCGUGACGUGGAAGGUAAACGGGACGGACGUGAAGGCACGCCACCGGGAGGAGGGGUCUAGACUCAUACUGAUGGAGGUGGACCUCUCAAACAACGGACUCUACACCUGCUUCCAGAACCCCAACGGAGAACGACGGGACCAAAUCAACCUUCGUAUCGGAACGUCCCCUCGGGAACCCACGGUGAUGUGUCGAUCCAACACCUACCCUAAAGGUUUCUACUGUAGCUGGCACCUGCAGCACCCCACCUCCAUACCCACAGACUUCGAUGUCAACGUCCAACACAACCAGAAGUCCCUAGAAGCAACGAGGGAUGUGGUCCAUAAGAACCGCUGUCACGUUAAGUUCCUUGAGGUGUUCAGUAGCUACCCCUACAGAGUCAACGUUACAGCUGUCAACGCCCUGGGACGUGCCUCCACCGCCAUCACCUUCGAAGAGUUCAACAUUGUGAAGCCAGACCCCCCUGAGAAGGUGGUGGCCACGCCCAUCCCUAACAACGUUCGUCGUCUGGAGGUCACCUGGAAUAGCCCUUCUACCUGGCCAGAUGUAGAGAGCUUCCCCCUGAAGUACUUCCUUCGAUACAGGCCCCUCAUCAGGGACCAGUGGCAACACGUGGAGUUGUCAGACAGUACGGCCCACACCAUAACGGAUGCGUACGCAGGGAAGGAGUACAUCAUCCAGGUGGCGGCUAAGGACAUGGAGAUCGGCACCUGGAGUGACUGGAGCGUCGCGGUGCACGCCACACCCUGGAUGGACGAACCCAAACAGAUCACCUCCACCACUGAGCAGGAGCCCCUCCUCGACACCACCCCUUCCCCAGCCCCUCCCUCAGCAGAGCCCCACAGGGCGGGCGUCCCAGUGGAUGGUGCUUCCUCAACCCUCCUCUCACCCCUCCUCUGGUACUCCUGCUAUCUGCUGCUAGGGGCUCUAAUCUGAUGUGAUUAAUUCCUGUGGAAGAAAUUAAGGAGUAUUCUAUUUCUCUGCACAUGUUAAUGGACAUCCUACAUUGAUCAUUUAAUUCAAGUUUCACACAACGUUAAGUAGAAAAUAAAGAGAGAUUAUGAAGUCAAAGUUAAAAAGAUACAAAAAAAAAAAAACAACAUCUACUCCAACAACAACAACAACAACAGCAGCAACAACAACAACAACAACAACAAC